AAGUCUUCCCGCCAUUAUUUCAUGAAAAUCAAAACCAAAAGCAAAUCUCCAGGCCAACAUUCCUUGUUCACUUCCCAUGAUCAGAUCUUGUCGACUCGUUGUGCAUAGAUCAUUCUCAAAUUCUGAUCCGCAUCGGUAUACGUCGUAGUGUUGUACCUUGUAAGGGUGGAGGGACAAUUGGAACAACGAGAUGUAUGGACGAAAGGCGUGUCAACUUGUAAAAGAAUUCGUGAGCAGUGACUCGGGCCAGCUCAUAGUCUUUAAUAAUGAUCUAUUUGCUCAAGUCAUUGAGGAAUGUGAUGGGCAUCUUCUUCAACUUCAGGCCUUGUUGAGGAAGAUGCAAGUAGAAGGAUCUGACAAUCAGACAACUAAAAAUGCUGAUCAUUUUGGGGCACUCAUCCACCACCUUUCGUUGGUCCGCAAUAAGCGUUGUCUCAUGGCUUAUGUGCACAAUCGCGCAGAAGUCAUUCAAAAUUUGGGGUGGACCAUUGAGCGUGUGCUCCCUGAAGAAAUUGAGGAGAAACUUAGCAGCUCAGAGAAAGAAUACUUCAAAAACCAUUCUGCAACUUUACAAUCUUACAUGUCAGAUUUGGAUCUUGAUUUGGCAGUGGACAUGGUGCCACCCAAGGAUCCCUACAUCAAGGUGAGGGUCCUCGAAGAAAUUGGUAACGUCGUGCUCAGUGAUCAAUUAGCUAACCUUGCAAGGCAUGCGAUUCUCUUUCUUAGGCGAACUGAUGCAGAGCAGUACAUUUCUCAGGGCUUAAUGGAAGAGCUUACAGGUUGACCUGUAGCUUUGGUCAAUGCAGAAUUUGGAUUCAUAAAAUAUAUAUAUAUCUGGAAACUCCAUUUAUUAGCUGCUUGAUCAGGUAAAUAAGGUAAGGCCCCU